AUGGCAACAGCAAAUGGAGAUACGGUGGAUUUUGAAUUCUUCAAUAAAUAUACCAUACCUGGGUCUAGAAUCGUCCAUAACCAAUUUCACGUUAACAAUGCUAAUUUAGAUGGUAUAAUACAAAGUGAGCAUAAGUAUUCUUAUGAAGUUGCGACUAGAGAAAAACGGAUAUACUUCUAUGACUGGUGAUUUGAAUAUGGUAAACAAUAAAAUAACCAAUCUAGCCGACCCCCAGUCGGAUAAAGAUGCUAUUAAUAAGCAGUAUUUGGAAAAAUCUCACGUUAAACCCAGCCAUUACAACAAUGAAUUCAAAUACUUGAUGACUAAUAAAUUAAGACGGACUGAUCUUCAGGCGGAUAGUUUUGACAUUACUAAAAUUGAUAAUUUAAUGCCCCAAGAGGGUACCUACCAUCAAUACAACCACAAAGUUCUAUUCACAACUAUUAUAAAGGAUCAGCAAGGCGGCUAUUCGUAUAAAAUGGGAAUCAAUUGUUAUCAACUUGAUAGGAAUAAAGACUAUACUCUCUGUACUGAAAUCCUCAAUUCAGAUUACCAAUUAUGGCACAAAUCAGUUGCUACAAUUGAUAAAACCACAUCGCAAGGAAUAUUAAUUGCUGGUUUUACGGUACAAACAUUUUCUCACUGGUACACAUAUAAUAGUGGGCGUGUUGCGUACAUGUACUAUAUCAAAAUAAUUGUAAACUUUCAAAAAACUGUAUCAAAUCUGCUUUACAGUCUGCAUCUUUAUGUUAAUAUACCCCAAGCGGGUAUUGAUCUCAAUACAUAUCCAGCAAAUCGGACAAAAAACUGGAUCAUCGCUUAUGGUGUUUUUGAUAUCAAACCAAUAGAAGUUGCUACCAAUGUUGAUCUGGAUAUGAACUGAAAGAAGAUAUUUAACAUUGCUCCCGAUAAAACUCGAAAUAAUAGCGCAGCUACUGUGAAGAUGGCAAAGGAUCUGUAUCCUUACACGAAAAAUAAAGUGUAUAGGGAAAUAUUUGAAGAAUUUGAUAAUUUAAGCGAUGUUGGUAUCUAUAAAAUUAUAACAGGACGUCCAUCACGUAUCAUAUUUAUGGGCUUACUUCCUAACAUAUCAUUUUACAAUAUGAAUAUUGCCAAUGUCUGGGGGGGGGGGGCGGAUUGAGGAUACAAAAUAAAAAAUUGAAUUUAGCAUUAUUCAGUAAAAGGAGCUUUACUAUUUGUGUUGUUAUGCAGCUGUGGCUAAAUAGAUCAAUUAUGAUCGUUUAUGAGCAAUGGAACUCAUGAAAACCCACAUUUGAUUUAUGGCAAAACAACGAAGAAAUUAAAACUUCAAACUGAUGGUCUGAGAGUUGGGACAACCAAUGAAACUUCUAUCACUUUACUAAACAGUUUCAAUGGUAAACGAGAUGUGUUUUGGCUAACUAAGAAAGGUACGGGGGGUACACCAACAGUAAAAGCAUCAAUAUCCAAUUAUUCUGCAACCUUAACACUAAGUUCAGCUUUAGCAUCUCAAAGUAACUACACGUUCAGAAUAUCCUCAGAAGAUGCAGUGAUCCAUAAAGUAAUGUACACUCCAAACUCUUACGACUUCGAUUCUGUCCAAUUUCAUACAAUAAUGAUGCAAGAGAAAUUGAACGGCUCAUAUGUUAUGUAAUUAGUCUAAACUAAUAAUAUAUAUCAGUAUAUUCAACUUCAACCACACUGACAAAAACAAAACAAAAGAAGAGAUACAGAAGAUUAAAGAGCUGUAUAAAUAUUACCACUAUAGAUACUGGUGUUAUCAAGAGGCGUACAAAUACUUUAAGAAACUAAACUUAGCCACAAAUAUGUCUUCCACUGGUUUGAUAGCAAUUGGAGCUAUUGCAGGUGGUUUAACUCUUCAACCUGCUAUUCUUGGAAGUAUAUCUGGUGCUGGUUUGGCAUUAAAGACUUUCUCCGAGACUAAAGAUUAUAAACGUAAAACAGAAACGAGUAAGUUUGCCUAUAACUGUCCGUUAUAA